AUGUACCACCGAGGCGAUCCACGCUGGACGCGGCGCGUCGACACCAUCGUGCACGGCAUCGAGUCGGCCAACGAGUCGGCCCAGGCCAACCUCUUCACCUUCGCCCACAACUACAUCGGGCCCUGUCUGGGCUCUAUAGGAAACGCCUUCCACUCCUGCACCGCCUCCUGUUUCCCCUCCCGCGACGACCGUCGCCGCCACCGAGGCCGGUCGCGCGGCCGAGCUGAACUCAGCUUCGACUUCUAUGACGACUGGGAAGAAGACGAGAACGAUGGCCUGCUCGGAUGGGGGAACGACGAGCUGGACCGCCUGCUUGCCGGCUCGAGGGGCAAUGGCGCUGCACAACCUGCGCGCCAGCGCGCCAUGAGCUAUGGCACCAGACGGGACCGCGAUGGUCGGUUCCCAGGUGGACGCCGGAAAAGCGCAGUACAGCCUCACGAUGGCGGCCCGGAUCCUACCAUAAUUCCCAGUAGUUCCUAUUUUGGCUUUCUGGGCAGGCUGCCCUUCAAUAUUGGGGGUAGGGGACUGCGAUACAAGCCAUCGGCCGCAGACUUGACCGAGCAUCCAGGCGCGCUGCGCCGAACCGAUGAAGAACAGCCUUUGGUGGAAGAUAGUGACGAGGAUGAGGCUUCUGGGGAAGGGAGAAAAGGACACAGACGGAAAAGAAGCCAGACGGCCCUCUCGGGACACUCGGGGCACACCACGGACUCAUUGAGCUCCAGAGGGGACAUAUUUCCGAGCGAAGACGAGGACGACGCUGUGCCUUUAGACGACGAGUUCACAAUGGCACUGGAGCGGCGGCAAACGGGACAGGGAAUGGACGAUACCAGCAGCGGGAAAACGAAGUCGCCUAAAGCAAGGCCGGCUGGUUCUCGCAUGUCGACCCGGACAGCUUCGUCACGAAGCACGCACGAGUCGGGACGAAGAUUCAGAGCAAAUUCUCAAACUAAGCACCGUGACGCUGGAAUUGAGGAGGUCCCCUCCUUGUCCGACCUCAAGCAGGAAGAGGAGCGCUUGCGACUAAAGGAAGAAGCGGAAGUCGAAAGGAAACGCCAUGAAGCACGUCAGGUAGCCCUCAAACGGGGGCUGAGCGUGGACAAUUUCACACCAUCUGAGGGUAAACAUGACGCUGCAGUACUGUCGCCAUCAAGUUUGCCGUUCCAGAAGAGCUCGACCCGUCAGUCUUCCUCUCCUGCGCGUUCUCCACAAAUCGUGGAACCGUCUCAGACCCCUGAGACCAUGCCAUUCCCGACCUUCGACUCUCAAACUGCUCUGGAGAGCGGUGCCUUCGACAUGGAAGGAUCAGAGCUUUCAAGUGCUAUCCCGACCCCAAACGGGCCACUCUCGUUGAGAAAUGAAGUAGCGCAAAGUCAGCCGACUUCAACGUUUGUUCCCGCACGACUCCCGCAUUUUGAGCUUGGACCGGACUGA